UCCAUGGUCUCUCUCCCUACAUCUCUCUCUCUCUCUCUCUCUCUCUCUACAUCUCUCUUUUUCUCUCCAUCUCUCUCGCACCGUCACAUGCCUGUACUUGACCAGGAAAACAGAGACCACUACGCCCACUCCACACGCUACGCACGCAAUCCUUUGUGUCGGCAGAGCAAACCCCGUUUCAUUCAAUGCCUUAGCGAGAGCGAGAGAGAGAGAGAGAGUCAGUCGCACAGAAGUCGUCCCCAGCAUUUUCUCUCUCGCUUUCCCGAGAAAACUGCCUCGACCCAAUUCGGAAAGCAACGACGAGGAGACGACGUGGGAAGGGGGGCAGAAGAGAUGAUGAAGAGGGGGUCGAACGUGUACGGGAGGGUCAGCGAGAGCUCCUCCGCGGCGGCGGCGGCGGCGGCGACGUCGUCCUCGAGCGCCGCCGCAGGCGGGCACGAAGGGGUUGAGUGGGAGAGGCGGCCGGGAGGCAUGCUGGUGCAGAAGCGGGACGAGAACCCGGAUCUCCCCGCCGCCCCGAACGUCCGGGUCCGGGUCGCCUACGGCAAGAUCCGGUACGAGAUCUCCGUGAAUUCCCAGGCCACGUUCGGGGAGCUGAAGAAGCUGCUGGCGGCGGAGACGGGGCUGCAGGCGGCGGAGCAGCGGCUGGCGUUCCGCGGCAAGGACAGGGACGACGGCGAGUACCUGGACAAGUGCGGGGUCAAGGACCGGUCCAAGCUCAGCCUCGUCCAGGACCCCAUCAGCAUCGAGCGGCGGCUCGUCGAGACGCGCCGCAACGCCAGGAUCCAGACCGUCCACCGCGCCGUCACCGACGUCGCCGCCGAGGUCGACAAGCUCGCCGACCAGGUCUCUGCCAUGGAGAAAUCGAUCGCCAAGGGAAAUAAGAUGCCGGAAGUUCAGAUCACGACGCUGAUAGAGAUGCUGAUGAGGCAAGCGGUCAAGCUCGAUAGCAUCUCCGCCGAGGGUGACGCUGCUCCUCUCAAGAACUUGCAAGGAAAGAGAGUACAGAAAUGCGUCGAGACUCUCGACAUGCUGAAAGUGUCGAAUGCCAGAAUAAAGCCCGUGAUCGUCACGACAAAGUGGGAGACAUUUGAUCAUCCACCACCGGCGGCGGCGGCGGCAGCGAACGCCACCAACCCGUGGGAAUUUUUUGAUUGAUCUCGACAUUCCUCUUUUCUACAUUUCUUUCCUUGAUUUUUGUUGUGUAAAUUGGGUGGAGAUAGACAUAAGCGAGCUGCAUGCUUGUGGUUUGACAAAAGAAAACCUAGAGCUUUCUCUCCACGGUCUUUUGCCAAUAAGGGUUGGUUAUCAUAUGGGGCGUUAUAAAUUUUGUCAUAUAAGUAGUGAUUUGUGAAUGCUAAGAUGUAUGUAUGUUGCAUAUUCAAUUAGAUCGGUCCAUUUUCAUGUAA